AUGUCGUUUGGUACAUUUGAGAUAAGUAUAUUUUAUCAUUAUUUUACCCAACAUUUUAAAUGCAUUUUUGAUCCCUUUAUGAUAUGUCCAGUGUCUCGUAUCGAAUCGAAACUAUUCGCCACGCAUCGAAUUCGACACGUUAUGUUAGUGAGUGUUUUGUUUUGAUUGUUGUCGAACGUCGUAAAUAUUAAAAAAAGUUUAAAGGUGGUGUAAAUUUAGUAUUUUCUAAAAUAUGGCCGGGAAAAGUACAAGAAUCAAUAAAAUAAUUGAGAUGUGUAAGGCAGGGGAUGGGCCCUCCAGUUUUCAAAAUAAAAAUAAGGCCAAUAUUACCAAUAUUGCGGCUAAGUCGUCAGUUUUGGAAAGUUCAUCAAUGGCCGUAAAUAAAAUUGUGUUAGAUAAUUCCACCAAUAACUUAGAUAUUGAGAACUUAAUACUAGAUAAGUUGUCUAUAAUAAGCUCAGAGCAAACAGUGGUAACUAAUGUCACUGCAGGCAUUUUAAGUGCAUCUAAUUCACUGCCGAUUAUAUCUGAAAAAAAAUCAUCCAUUUCAUCAGCAUGUGAAGUAAAUUUUAAUCAUUCUUCAACUUCGUCAUUGAAGUUGUUAUCUGCUGAGGAUGACCUGAUGAGCUCCGAAAAUCGUACUUAUUAUUCUGAAACAUCGUCGGUCCGACCAACAAGCCCCGAAAAUAAUACCAAAAUACCACACACACCAGUACCACUGGAUAAGUAUAGUAUGGAUGACUUUAGUUCUGGAUCUAGCGAUUUAUGGGAACCAACAUAUAAGAAAAGGAAGGGAAAUAGUUUUAAUACUGACGCUGUUCCUAUAGAAUCGGAAUCAUCUGACGACAAUAUUCCAUUAUCGCACUUUGCAGUGAGAAAAAGAAAAAAAGGGCAAGGUCCAAUGCAAAGAAAAUUACGUAGGCAACGAACUGAAAGUAGAAAAAAGGGUGAGGCAUAUGUUACAGCAAAAGGAAAAAGUAUUCCAGCUAAAGCUCUUUUACCUAUUCCUGAAAAUUGUCGAGCAAAAUGCUAUGCAAAAAUAGCAACUAUCAACUUAAACGAAGUAUUUAAAGAUUACAGAGCCUUACCUAAUAGAGAUAUACAAAAACGUUAUUUAACAAGUUUAAUAACUAUAAAACCCAAAGAAAGAACUAGGCGCAGUACAUGCGCAAAAAAUAGAGAAGUAACAGUACUAUAUACACUAGACGGCAUAAAUGGAAAUAUUUGCAAAAAUUGUUUUUUAAAAGUGUUCGCAGAGACUAGGGGUUUUCUUGAUGAUAUUAUUAAAAAGAAGAAACUUUCACUUACUUCCAUCGUUUUAGAGUCUGACCUAAGAACAGGUCAUCAGCCAGGUAAUAAACGCUCAGAAGCAGAUAUCACGUUUGCCAAAGAUUUUAUAAAUAGUAUUCCGGCUUACGAAAGCCAUUACUCUCGACGGCAUACUGUUAAACGAUAUUUAGAACCAGAUAUGAACUUGCAGUUACUGUAUAAACUUUAUAAAGAAAAAUUUGUUAAUGCAAGACAGAACCCUUCUGAGAAGCCCCUUGGCCUCAGUGUGUUUCGUAAUGUUUUUAAGACUCUUAAUUUGAAAUUUAAAAAACCAAGUAAUGACACUUGCAAAACCUGUGAUUCGUUGUUUUUAAAAAUAAAAACCUCUCUGUCUGAAGAAAAAAAGCGAGAGUUCGAGCAUGAGAUGACACAACAUCAAAACAAGGCAUCUUUUCAUUAUGAGACAAAAAAGGCCGAUAAGAAAAUAAGCGAGGAGAGUGCUGGCAAAAUUACAGUGGCAGCUUUUGACCUACAAAAGUGUUUACCAACCCCGAAUCUAUCUGCGAGUGUGUCAUUUUAUAAAAGAAAACUGUGGACGUUUAAUCUGACAGUCCGUAAUAUUACCACCAAACGAACAGCAUGUUACGUAUGGCACAAAACUAUAGCCCAACGAGGAGCUGAUGAGAUUGCGUCUUGCGUAUUUCAGUUUAUCAAGGACUCGUCAGACGAGGUAGAAAAGCUCAUCCUCUAUUCUGAUACGUGUCCAGGGCAAAAUAGAAAUAAUAUUUUACCUGUAAUGUUUAUGAUGGCACUUGAAGAAAAGCCAACUCUUAAAGAAAUUCAUCAUAAAUUUCUCGUACCAGGGCACACACAUUUAGAGUGCGAUACAGAUCAUGCUGCUAUAGAGAGAUUUGUUAAAAAAAGAAAUAGUACAGUGUCAGUUCCACAAGAUUGGGUUUCGCUAAUUAAAAUGACCAGCACUCGUUAUGAUGUAAAAUUAAUGAAACAGGCAGAUUUUUUUGGAUUUUCCAAAGUUUUACUUACUCAUUUUAUGAAACGAAAUGUUGCAAAAGAUAAGACAUCCUUCGCCUGGAACAAUGUGUUUUGGUUAUUUUAUAAAAAAGGUAGUGACGUGGGUUUUAAGUAUACUUUAAAUUCUGAGGAACCGUUUCGCUUUUACUCCAUGCAGAAGAGGGGCAAAUCAGUUUCUAUUGCUAACAUUCAAUUAGUCCCUGCAUAUACUGAACCUGUGCCAUUGGAUGAAUUAAAAUACAAAGAUAUUCUAGAUCUUCUACCCUAUAUUGAUCCUAUCUAUCACGAUUUCUACAUUAAAUUGAAGAAAUCCCCAUCCAAAACAACACUAUAUGUGAGCGAUAGUGAUGAGGAUUUUGAUUAAUAAAAAUUUAAUGUUUUGUUUGUUAAUAUUACUUUAAGAAGUUUAUAAAUAUGGCGCUUGAACCAGAGAAUAUUAAUAAUUUAAGUUGAUAAUUCCUUUUUUUAUUUUUUUU